AUGGAGGACCCGGUGGCGCCCGGGACCGGGAGCCCGCCCGCCAAUGGCAACAGCAACGGCAACGGCAACGGCGGCGGCAAAGGGAAGCAGGCGUCGCCUAAGGGCCGGGAAGCGUUCAGAAGCCAGCGGCGGGAGUCGGAGGGCUCUGUGGACUGCCCCACUCUGGAAUUUGAGUAUGGAGACGCAGAUGGGCAUGCAGCAGAGUUGUCAGAAUUAUAUAGCUACACUGAAAACUUGGAAUUCACCACUAACAGGAGGUGCUUUGAAGAAGAUUUCAAGACUCAAGUGCAGGGCAAGGAGUGGCUGGAGCUGGAGGAAGAUUCCCAGAAGGCCUAUGUGAUGGGACUCCUGGACCGGCUGGAGGUGGUCAGUAGAGAGCAGCGACUAAAGGUGGCCCGAGCUGUUCUCUACCUGGCCCAAGGCACCUUUGGGGAAUGUGAUUCAGAGGUCGAUGUGCUACACUGGUCCAGGUACAACUGCUUCCUGCUCUAUCAGAUGGGGACCUUCUCGGCGUUCUUGGAGCUACUCCACAUGGAAAUCGACAACAGCCAGGCCUGUAGCAGUGCUCUUCGGAAACCAGCCAUCUCCAUUGCUGAUAGCACAGAGCUCCGGGUGCUGCUGAGUGUCAUGUACCUAAUGGUGGAAAAUAUCCGCCUGGAGCGAGAAACAGACUCCUGCGGGUGGAGGACAGCCCGGGAGACCUUCCGCACUGAAUUGAGCUUCUCCAUGCAUAAAGAGGAGCCUUUUGCCCUUCUGCUUUUCUCCAUGGUUACCAAGUUCUGCAGUGGCCUGGCUCCCCACUUCCCCAUAAAGAAGGUCCUGCUUCUGCUCUGGAAGGUGGUCAUGUUUACCCUCGGUGGAUUUGAGCAUCUACAGGCUCUCAAAGUACAGAAGCGAGCAGAAUUGGGCCUGCCACCACUGGCCGAGGACAGUAUCCAGGUGGUGAAGAGCAUGCGUGCUGCCUCCCCGCCCUCUUACACUCUGGACCUGGGGGAAUCUCAGCUGGCACCACCACCCUCCAAGUUGCGAGGCCGCCGUGGUUCUCGAAGGCAACUUCUUACUAAGCAGGACAGCCUGGACAUUUACAAUGAAAGAGAUCUCUUUAAGACUGAGGAACCAGCCACAGAGGAGGAAGAGGAGUCUGCUGGUGAUGGAGAGCGAACCUUGGAUGGAGAGUUAGACCUGCUAGAGCAGGACCCUCUGAUGCCACCUCCACCCUCACAGGCACCUCUCUCUGCUGAGCGGGUGGCUUUUCCCAAGGGCCUACCUUGGGCCCCAAAGGUCAGACAGAAGGACAUUGAGCACUUCUUGGAGCUAAGCAGGAACAAGUUCAUCGGAUUCACUCUGGGGCAGGACACAGAUACCUUGGUUGGAUUACCCAGGCCCAUCCACGAGAGUGUGAAGACUCUAAAGCAGCACAAAUACAUCUCCAUCGCAGAUGUUCAGAUCAAGAAUGAGGAGGAGCUGGAGAAGUGCCCCAUGUCUUUGGGGGAAGAGGUAGUACCAGAGACGCCAUGUGAAAUCCUCUACCAGGGCAUGCUGUAUAGCCUCCCCCAGUACAUGAUUGCUCUGCUUAAGAUUCUUCUGGCUGCAGCUCCCACCUCCAAGGCUAAGACAGACUCAAUCAAUAUUCUGGCAGAUGUCCUGCCUGAGGAGAUGCCCGUCACUGUUCUCCAGAGCAUGAAGUUGGGCAUCGAUGUGAACAGGCACAAGGAGAUCAUUGUAAAGAGUAUCUCUGCCCUGCUCUUGCUACUCCUCAAACACUUCAAACUGAAUCACAUCUACCAGUUUGAAUAUGUAUCACAACAUUUGGUAUUUGCCAACUGCAUUCCAUUGAUCCUGAAGUUCUUCAAUCAAAAUAUUUUGUCCUACAUCACUGCUAAAAACAGCAUCUCGGUCCUGGAUUACCCUUGCUGUACCAUCCAAGAUUUGCCAGAACUUACUACGGAGAGUCUGGAAGCUGGAGACAACAACCAGUUCUGCUGGAGGAACCUCUUUUCCUGCAUCAACCUUCUGAGGCUGCUCAAUAAACUGACCAAAUGGAAGCAUUCCAGAACCAUGAUGCUGGUGGUGUUUAAAUCUGCUCCAAUCUUAAAGAGGGCCCUCAAGGUCAAACAGGCCAUGUUGCAACUUUAUGUCCUGAAGCUGCUAAAAAUACAGACCAAGUACCUGGGGCGCCAAUGGAGGAAAAGCAACAUGAAAACCAUGUCAGCCAUUUACCAGAAAGUGCGCCACCGCAUGAAUGAUGACUGGGCUUAUGGGAAUGACAUUGAUGCCAGGCCAUGGGACUUCCAAGCAGAAGAAUGCACCUUGAGGGCCAACAUUGAAGCUUUUAAUAGCCGCCGAUAUGACAGACCUCAGGACUCUGAAUUUUCACCUGUGGAUAACUGCUUGCAGAGUGUGCUAGGACAGAGGCUGGAUCUGCCUGAGGAUUUCCACUACUCAUAUGAGAUCUGGCUGGAAAGAGAGGUGUUUUCACAGCCCAUCUGUUGGGAAGAGCUGCUCCAGAAUCACUGAGCUCUUGUCAACAAAGCAUCUGAUAGAUGGGGUUUGGCUCCAAUAAAUGGUGCUCUGCCUACCCUGC